UUAGGAAUGGCGUCAAAAAACGAAGACACAAUUACAAAGAUCAAUUUUAGCCCGGUCCAUAAGAAACUGUUAUACAUAACCCUUAUCCUCUAUGGUUGGGCAUUCAGUAUCUGUGCCUCUAUACGUUAUGGUUUCCUUGUAGAUGCUUUCUCUUCCAGGGAGGUACCUGGCAAAGUAUACGGAGCAAUGGAAGGAAGCAUAUUUAUAGGGUACGCGGUCACUUUCUUCUCAGGGGGCGUGGAAAGGGCCUUGAAGAAGGUCAACAGUCAGUUCCUCUUGGCUGGCAUUGUUUUCGGGUUCGCUCUCACUUCCCUUCUCACCGGAGUCGUCUACCUCAUAAAAGACAACACCACAGUCAUCGUGUUAUCAGUAAUCCUGAGGGUUACCCAGGGUACGUUAUCCUAUUCAGGUUCUCUUGUAUCGGUUGACUAUCUCAGCGCUCAAAUGCCGGAACAGUUUGAUGCAGUUAAUGGAUUAUUGAACAUGGGUUACUUCACUGGCCACGGUAUUGCGGAGUCAGUGGGGUGCCUGAUAUAUGAUAGAUUUGGGUAUGUUGGUCCCUUCAUCUUCUCCUCAAGUCUCGGCUUUUUUACGUUUAUCGUUAUCAUGAUGGUGAUUCCCAGGUCGCCAUCAUAUCUCUCAACACAAGACGAACUUGACAGGGAGUGUGAACUUGAAGGUGCCAUGAAGCUAGACUCUUACGCAACCAAUGUAACUAAACUCAUCUUUAUACCACUGACAGCUACCAUGAUCAUCAACAUCAACUACGGAGUUCUCCAAGUAAUGGUGACUCCGUUUCUGCAAAAUGAGUUUGGCAAAUCAAUCUCAUACGGGGGAGGAGUGCUGACAUUCGUGUCAGUUGGAAUGGCUGUAGGAAGUAUUAGCGCAGGAAUGCUGCUGCAGAAGAAAAUACUUAACCCCUUCACAGUUAUGGCAAUAGGAUCUCUAUGUGUGGUCACUGGACUCCUCCUAACUUUCCCGCCAGAUUCUUUGCCAGGGCUACACAACCUGGCUCCUAUCACAGCUAUCCCUGGGGUGUUCCUAGCUGGGAUAGGAGAUCCACUUGUUAGCAUCUCAUCUCUUAGAGCUCUUUAUAAUCUUCAGCUUCAAAAAACGGGGAUUCUGAUGCCCAAAACAGCUACUUUGAUAACAGGAAUAUGGCUACUGGCCUACGCUGCUUUCUACUACUCGGGCUCAACUUUAGCUGGCGUUCUAACAGACUAUUUGACAUACUCAGAGGUGGCAUCGAUACUAGCUGGAUUUUCUAUGCUCGCUGUUCUCAUCUCUGGUUUCUGCAGAGCAACCCUCAAAGAUAAAGCAGAUAAAUCAUUUGCUGACGAAUCUACAUCACUACUAGGUUAAAAGUGACUCGAAUUAUAUAUUUUUAAAAAUAAGAGGCUGGACCUGGAUCCUGGUGGCCCACUAGACGAUAACAUGGUGAUGCUUUACCUGUAUCGGUCGAUUAUAAACUUUUUUUAAGAGGGACUGAACCUUGUGGCCCACAAGAGGAUAAGACUUUCUUACCAAACUUUCUUACCAUAAAAACUUUUUUUUUUUAUUUGAUUUCGAUAUUUUAGCUUUGCAUGCCAUUUAAUAUGUUGACAUGUAAUAUGUUUUUUCUAUUAAUCAAAGACUAACAUUU